AUGCUUGGAAUAAGCCUAACAUUUCGGCCAAAACAUCUUCCUACUUUCAAUUCUCUGUUUCUCUACACCACAUCAUCUUUAAGCUCCAUCAUAAGGUAUCAUCUUGACCUCCGCAAGCCCAAAGAAGCUCUUCCCCUUGUUUUGAAAUGGCAGAAGCAAGCUGUCACACCCGACAAAUUCACAAUCCCAUCACUUCUCAAGCUCUCUUCAGCUCUUGGAGAACCUCUCCUCAAUGGAGAGCAGUUCCAUGGCUUUGCACUGAAAUCAGGCCAUAUCCAUGACCUCUUCGUUAGCACUGGUCUAGUGGAGCUGUACUUCAGAAAUGGACAAUUGAAGUCACCACGCCAGUUGUUUGAUGAAAUGCCUGAAAAUGAUGUUGUCUUGUUCACUGCCAUGAUUUCUGGCUUCGCUCAAAACCGGGUUGGACAUCAAGCUCUGGAAUUCUUCUCAGCAAUGCUGGAAGAGGGGAAAAUUCCCAAUAGGAUUACUUUCUCAGCCGCAUUAUCUGCCUCUUCUCAACUUAAGCAGAUUUCACUUGGCAAAGUUCUUCAUGGUUACUCUCUCAGAAGUGGGAUGAUGGAUAAGGCGGAUGUCAUACUUCAAACUUCAUUCCUAGACAUGUAUGCCAAGGCUGGAAAUAUAUGCUAUACAAGGAGAAUCUUUGAUGAAAUGGAUGAUAGAAACAUGGUUUCAUGGAAUAUCAUCAUGGAUGCAUACUUUUCGGCUGGUGCCUUUGAGGAAGCAAUCGACUUGUUUCAAAAAAUGGUAAUAGCUUGUCCACAGUAUCCGCGAUCUACCAUGCUUAACUUAGUUCUGCAAAUUUGUGGGAUUUCCACAGACCUAAGAAAGGGAAAGGAAGUCCACGGCUACGUUCUCAAAUGUAGCAGUGAAAUGUUUGGUGCAGAGAGUCUUUUAGAGUGUAAUUCUAUUGUUGACAUGUAUAUGAAGACUGGAAACCUGGAAUCUGCCAUAUUAGUUUUUGAGAGAAUGUCAGAGAGGAAUGUGGUAACCUGGACAACAAUGAUUUCGGGAUGUGGGAUCCAUGGCUUAAGUAGAAAAGCACUCGAAGCAUUUGAUGAGAUGAAGGAAUCAGGAGUUCUACCAGAUGGAAUAACCUUUAUCGCCAUACUCUCAGCUUGCAGCCAUGGUGGACUGGUUGAUGAAGGUCGAAAGCUCUUUCAUUCAAUGAAAAGUUACUAUAACAUCAUUCCUGAGAUGAAACACUAUGUCUGCAUGGUGGAUUUGUAUGGAAGGGCAGGAAAUCUGAAUGAAGCAUUUGAUUUUGUUAGAGAAAUGCCGCUUGAGCCAUCCAAGUUAAUAUGGGGUUCACUUCUUUCUUCAUGCAAGAAGCACAAGAACCUGGGGUUAGGAGAACUAGCCUUUAAAAGAGCCAUCUUUUUUGAUAAAUUUGAUGUUGGAAAUUAUAUGUUGCUAUGUAGAAUCUAUGCCGACGCAGAUCGGUGGGAGGAUUUUGCAAGAGUUAGAUUGCUAAUGAAGGAGAUAGGAGUAAAAGCUAGCGUUGCAUUUAGCUGGGUGGAAAUAAGAGGAAGAGUUUACAGAUUCACAGUAAAUGAUUGCUCGAACCCAAUUUCAGGAAAGAUUUAUCAUUUCUUGCAGAAUCUAGUUGUACUCAUGGAGAAGUAUGGUUUUGCAUCCGAACCUUCAAAUGUUGCUCAUAAUUACACCGAGGAGCAGAAAGUCAGAGAUUUGUGUGGUCAUACUGAGAAGCUUGCGCUGGCCUUCUCAUUGAUGUGCUUUGGAGAUAAGAAAAUUGUGAGGAUUGGAAAGAAUCUUAGGGUGUGCGGUGAUUGUCAUGAAGUUUUCAAAUUUGUGUCGAGGAUUUUUGAAAGAGAAAUUGUUCUCAAAGAUCUGAAUCGGUAUCAUAAGUUCAAGCAAGGCUGCUGCUCUUGCAAUGAUUUUUGGUAA